GGGAGCGGCCUUGGAGAGGCGCUGCGUCCCCGGCUUCGAGGCCUAGCAAGCCCGCGAGCCUGUGGAUCCCUACGCGACUCGCGCCUGACCGAGAGCAGCGCGGGCCCGGAGACGAAAGGGUCGGAGGCGGCCGCCGCGGCCGUGAGGGGAAACACUCUUGGGCAACAGAUACAUCUGUGGAAAACAUGGCUAAUGAACCUUCAUGAGCAAAAGGAGCGAACUCCAGACUGGAUGAUACACACAGGAGUUUCAAACAGAAGUGGGGCCUGAUGUAGCUUCCUGGUGUUAACUUUGUUUUGGCAAUUUAUCCAAAACUGAUGAAAUGUGGAAAUAGAGGACCAGCUAAUUUUAUCUUUAUCAAAUUUAAAGGUUCAUUGUUUCUGAACUGAAUAUGUUCUGCAUACAAAUGACGCUGCCUUGCUCAUGACAUAAUCAGUGUUAUGUAGACGAAAUAAAAUUCGAGGGAAAAUAUAUUUUGGAGAAAAAAAUGCCAAAGAAAAAGAAAAAUCUUGGUGUGAGCCCAUCAAGAAAGAGCAUAAACUCAGAAGCGACGCCUGCUGCAUCUGCCGACUUGGUCCCGCCUUCAGUAGAUCUAACAAUGUUACAAACACCGCAUGGGAUUGAUAAAGAAGAACUCUUCAGCAGUCUUUCAGAAAUGUUUUCUGACUUAGAUCCUACUGUCAUUUACAUGGUGCUAUCUGAAUGUGAUUUCAGAGUUGAAGACACUAUGGAUUAUCUGCUAGAAUUGUCUACAGCUGCUAAGGGAAUAACAUCUUCACCACAUGUCUCAGGUUUUGAUUCCAUAUCUGCAUCAUUGGUUGGUGAAAAUCAACCAAGCUGUGUUACUAAUGAAAUAGAGGGCCAAAGUUCUGCUGCAAUAAAAAAUGUGAAAUCUAGUGAAGAAUCAGAAAAGUCUUCAUCAUCUGAAGAACUGGUUUUCUUGCAGUGCCAUCCUUUUGAGAAAUAUAAUCUAAAUAGUGAAAUGAAGGAUUCAAAAAAUGACCAUAUCUCAGGCAAUCUGUCUUUGGCUUUGGACCACGGUAGCUCUGAUCAAGUUAAAGAGUUAUCUGGGUGUGCAGAGUCCUGUUUGGGUUACAAUACUGUGCUUUCUUUGCAGAAAAAGGAAACAGACAGUGAAAAAUUAGAAACCUCCACUCCUUUAAAUCCAGAUUGUGACAAACACUCUGAAGUAGUUUGUGGAAAAUCAGGCAUUCAGACAAAUGAUGUGGAUAUUUUUGCACAAAUCCCAGAGAACUGUAAUUUACCUGAAGUUGUACUUGACAGCGGUGCAGUUCCAGAAGUUGUUUUGGACCUUACAACCCUAAAUGAUGUGUCUGCUCAACACUGCCAGGGGAUUGCUGAAUUUCAAAACAGUGUGUUUGACAAUUCUAGUUCUUGUUCACACAAGACUGAAAAACAGGGAAACACAGUGACUGUGUGUAAUAAUUAUUAUAAUAAUACUUCUGUUCCUGACCUAUGUGCAGAAUCCACUUUCAAACAGACACCUUUUACAAAUGUUGACCAGUCUCAGCAGAUGUGGAAUUCACAAUUUUCUGUGCUUCAGAAACAGUCUCAGGAGUGUACCUGGAACCUAAUGGCUCCUGUCUUUUAUCCUCAAAAUGCAAGCCAUAGCUUCGUAACUCCAGUUGCUGUCAGCCCUGGGAAGUGGAGGCCUGCUUCAAACUCUAGGAGUCUUGGGAAAAUAUAUUCUUCUCAAACAACUUCACAGUCUUGGGACAGCAAAGCCUCUCUGCCGAAAAUGGACAUUUCUCAAGUACACCAGCCUCCUGUUUGUCACAUGAUGAGAAGAAAGAUUCCUCUCGCAGGUCAUGUGCUUGUUCUUCUUAGAGGGGUUCCUGGAUCAGGCAAAUCACAUUUGGCAAGGGCUUUGCUUGAGGAUAACCCUGGUGGUGUCAUUCUUAGUACAGAUGAUUAUUUUUACCAAAAAAAUGGACAGUACCAAUUUAAUGCUGAUUGCUUAGCAGACGCGCAUGAGUGGAACCGGAAACGUGCCAAAGAAGCAUUUGAAAAAAGCAUCACUCCAAUAAUCAUAGACAACACAAACACACAGGCUUGGGAAAUGAAACCUUAUGUUGCAUUGUCCCAGGAACACAAAUAUAAGGUUAUAUUUCGUGAACCGGAUACCUGGUGGAAGUUUAAACCCAAAGAACUGGAAAGGCGAAAUAUUCAUGGCGUAUCAAAAGAGACGAUCAAAAGAAUGUUGGAACGAUAUGAACGUUGCCUGACUGUUAAUUCAAUUUUGAAUUCUUCAAUCCCAGAUGAAUUGAAAAGUGCUACCUGUGAUGAAGUUCUUCACCACAAAAAGGGAGAAGGGAAGGAAGAUAUGCCUCAUUUUGGGAAAAACAAGGAACAUUUUCCUUCACCUUUAAAAUGCAUAGAAUUAAGUAUGGAAGAUAAGCAUCAGUCACAGAAAGUUACAGUGGAAAAUCAGACUCUCCUGAAUAAAAAGAGAGAACUGGAGCAUUGGGUUCAAGACUGUACUUCUAAAUGUAAUGCCUCUCUGGAAGACAUAGAUCUCAACGCAUCAUCAAGGACAGACAAAAUUGAUUCUACCCUUGAAAUGGAAAUAAUUAAGAUGGACUUGGUAAAGCCUGAGGAAAGUGAAUUCUCAAAUUUCAGUGAAAAUAUUCAGAAGCACAAUAACAAGGACAUAAUAGAUGAAGUUGAAGCAAAUCAAUGUGCUGAAGUACUAACAGAAGCAGAGUUAAGACUGGCAAAAAACAUGAAUAAGGCAGAUUCAGGUUGUGAUAAACCGGUAGGGCCAGAGACAGUAAAUUUUGUGGGAGACUGGCCAAUAGAACAAACUAUGGGGCAGAGAGUGAAAAGAGCUAGAAGGUCGGAAAAACUGACUAUAAAGAAUGGCAAAGAGGAUAAAGGUCUAAGCAUCCCCAAUUUUAAUGCAUUAGCAAUUCUAGAUGAAGAUGAAAAGGUAAAUCCAGUUAAUAUUCAUGAAGAGCUGCCACUUUCUCAGAGUAAACAGGAAGAAAUUAAACAGCUCUCUGCCUGUAUGUCUGUUGAUGAUACGGAAGAAGAUGCAUCGCAACUGCUGAUUGUAGGAGACUGGCCUGUCCAAAGCUCUUUAGAGCAAAGACAGCACAAAAUGAAAAGAAUACCAAAGAGAAACACUGAUGAACCAGAAGAGAUUAGAAGUAGUCAAUGCAAUAUUAACGAAAGUACUCUGAACACAGUAACGGUACUUCCUACAACAUCUGCAGGUGCUGGAGAGCUACUUGUCUCAUCAAAGAAGGAAAGUCUUCUGGCACCUGAAAUUUCUGGUUCUGAAACUCUUAGUGAGAAAAAGUCUGUGCAGAACAAAAGGGCACGCAAGCAUCAUAAAUUAGCUCUAACAUUUACCAACAAUUUGGCCAUCAGUAAACCAGAGGAAGAAUUGUGUCUGUCUAAUUUGCUGGAAGAGAAAACUGAUGAAUGCAUCAUGACAGAGGCCAAUAAGUAUUCGCAGACGGAGCCCCAGGAUUUUGCUCUCCUGUGGAGGCUUGAAAGGAAAAUUAUUGUUUCGGAAGAUACCAAAGUAUUAAAUGGCAGACUGGAUGGAUUCAUACCAAAAGGCAUUCAUACUGCUUCAGAAAAAAUACCCUAUAAAGUAACCUAUGAGAAAAGCACAUAUGUGGAAGAAAGUGAACUUGUUAACAUUGAUGUAUCUGAGAAUCUGAAUAUUUUGUGUAAACUCUUUGAGUCUGUUUCAUUUGAUGCACUGAAGGACUUGUAUGAAAGAUGUAAUAGGGACAUUGAUUGGGCUACAGGGAUCUUGUUAGAUUCUGCUGAGAAGUUGUGCAGAGAUGAUGAGGUUGGACCCUUGCAGGAAGCACAGAUUCAACCUCCUGGCAAGUCUCUUGACUCUAAUGAAAAUGCUGGUUAUAGAGAACGACUUGCAGAUUCUGAGGAAACCACUCAAGGAACUGUGUCUUCUAGAAUUAGUCAGGAUUCAGAAAUAACAAAUCUCUCUGUUGAUGAUGGAGGUGAUGAAUCUUCCAUUGUUAAAGAUGAACACAACUUUUCAACUGCUUCCCCAUCAGAAAACAAACAGUUAAUGCCAUUUGCUCCAAGAACUCAUGUCGAAGAAUCAGGAAAUGAGAAACCACUUUUAGAUACCACACAUACAGAAGAGAUGAACUCUGUUAUGCUAUCAGAAAAUGAGCAGCCGAACAAGGUGUUGCAUACUGAAGUGGACUUAAGUGUUCCUGUGACUAUAGCUGAUGAUUUUAAUGGAGGCCCUAACACUUUGAAACCCACUUUUGAUGUGGAAAUAGACAACAGAUCUUCAGAGAAACAUUCAGAGUGUUCAAUUAUAGAAGAGCUCCCAUCUCAUCUAAUACUUACAGAGGGCUCUGCAAGCAAGGAGAGCAAAUUUGAGGUGGAUAAAAAAAUGAAUUGUAAACCAAUGUUUCUAAUUGCAGCAAAAAAUGAAGAAAACAAAAUACCCAAUCAAGAUAAAAGCAAGUUAGUGAACCCCACACCUGUAUCAAAAUCUGUGAAUAUAAAUUCCCUAGAAUUGGUCUUACCUCCUGAACUAGCCAUUCAAUUAAGUGAAAUAUUUGGACCUGUUGGUGUUGAUUCAGGAUCUCUAACUACUGAAGAUUAUGUGGUUCAUAUUGAUCUGAAUUUAGCCAAAGAAAUACAUGAAAAAUGGAAAGCAUCUAUUACAAAGCGACAGAGGAGAGAAGAGGAGUUACAUAAGCUUCUUGAAGAAGAUCCCAUGCUGUUUGAGCAAUUCUGUCUAGAUGAGCUGGACAGCCUUCUUUCUCCGCAUACAAACUGUCAAGUACAGAAGACCGAAAGACUGCCUACAGAUACGCUACCUGACAACUCAGCUGCUUCAGAGUUUUUCCCUUUAAUGGAUCACUGGAAUGUCCAGACGCAGAAAGUAUCACUCCGGGAGAUAAUGUCCGAAGAAAUCGCCUUACAAGAAAAAGAGGACCUGAAACGCUCUCCUUUCAUGGCUAGAAAAGACUGCGCUGCCAAACUGAAAGAGAAGCAACUCCUGGAGUUAUUCCCAGCUAUUAACCCAAACGUCUUAAUGGAAAUCUUCAAGGACCACAAUUAUUCCUUGGAGCAAACCGUCCAGUUUUUGAACAGCGUUCUAGAGUCAGAUCCAGUAAAGACAGUUGUAGCCAGAGAAACUGCCCAGGGUGCCAUACUCUCUUCUUGUAGUGCUUUAAAGACACGAGAGAGAAAGGCCAAAAAGUGCAAGGAACCAGAAGACAUUCUUGGUGCAAAGGCGUUUCAAGACUUUGAAUAUCCAGGAUAUGAUGAUUUCAGGGCUGAAGCUUUUCUUCACCAACAGCACAAGCAAGAGUGCCUGAGAAAAGCUGGGGAGGCGUAUCGCAUGGGAAUGAAGUCUGUAGCAGCAUUUUAUGUUCAAAGGGGUCGCCUUCACGAGGAGAAGAUGAAAGAAGCCAACCGCGAUGCUGCCGUGCAAAUCUUUGAGAAAGUGAAUGCCCUGAAGCUUCCUGAAAACCUUUUGGACCUACAUGGUCUUCAUGUGGAUGAAGCAUUGGCUCACCUGGGUAGAGUAUUGCAGGAGAAAACAGAAGAAUGCAACCUGGCUGGUGGUAAGCCAUAUCUCUACGUGAUCACAGGAAAGGGAAACCAUAGCCAGGGAGGAGUUGCUCGCAUCAAACCAGCAGUUAUGAAAUACCUCACAAGCCACAAGUUCAGGUUCACAGAAAUAAAGCCAGGCUGCUUGAAAGUCAUGCUGAAGUAAAAGGAUGUCACCAAGAGGAUUGGAAAGGCUGCUAUAACUGACAUACAAACAACUUCAAAAUAUAAUGCCGUUCCUGUGCUACUUUUAAAUAACAAUAUUUUACUGGAAA